AUGUCCUCCACGCUAGCGCCGCCGCCGCUGCCGCAGUGCUGGGCUGGACUCGCGUCUCGUCGCCGCCCCCCACGCGCCGCCAGUAGAUCGCGGUUCGCUGCCCCUUCGCAGCCACGCGCAUUUCCCGUCUCCUCUUCCGCCGCGCCUUCCGCCGCUCGUUCCGCCACCGCGCAUCCCCAUGGCUCCCGUCGCUCCGCGCUCAGACCCGCUCCCGCCUCCACCGCGCACUUAUCGGCUCGGCGCGCAUUGACCACCCCCGCGGUCCUUGACGUCCCGUCGCAGCGCGCCUCGCCGGCAGCGUGCCGUGACGCCGCCGCCAGUGCUGCGGAUGGCGCUGACGUGGCAGGGCGGCUGAGCGCGGAGGAGCGCGAGGCGGUGGGCAGUGCUGACGUGGCGAUCAUAACGAACGGGCCGGGCGAGGUGGCGGCGUGGGUGGCGCCCGUCGUGGCGUCGCUGGCGCGUCUGUUCGGCCCCGACCCCCGCCACCUCCGCAUCUCCGUGCGCCCUUCCUCCCCCCUGCCCCGCGCCAUGCGACUGCCAUGCACGAACCCCCGCGUCUUUUGUCCCCUCGUGCUGCUGGCGCCGUGUCCACACGCGUCGGGCAACGAGCUGGCGGUGCUGCGCGCCAUGCCGCACGUCCACCGCUGCACGGGCCCCCAAGAUUUCCUCCACAUGCUGCUCUUCACCCGCCCUGCUGCCGCCGCUGGGGGCCAGCACACGGGCGGGGGGAGAGGGGAGGGGGAAGCCUCCGGGGGGAGAGCAGACGACCAGCAACGGCACCAAGCGGAGGGGGAGAGGGAAGGGCAGGGGGAGCGGAAGGGGGAGUGGGGGUGGCGGAGGCGGGGCGUGGUGGUGUUUCUGGGCGGCGAGCAGGCGAAUGCCGUGCUGCUAGCGCGGCGCCUGGGGUACCGCUGCCUCGUGUACGCCGAGGAUGCUGCUCGCUGGCCCUGGCUGGUGGAUAUGAGUGCGCUGCGCUCACCUGUGCUGCUGCCCGCCAUCCCGCCCGCCCUGCUGGCCGCCCGCCGUGCCCGCGUGGUGGGGGACCUCUUCCUCUCCGCUGUGGCGCAGGCGCAGGGGACGAGGGGCGCGCAGGAGGGGAGGCGGGAGGAGGGUGAGGUGGUGGUGGGGCUGCUGCCAGGAAGCAAGGACGUGAAGCUGAUGGUGGGAGUGCCCUUCUUCCUCUCCGUCGCACAUGCACUCAACAAGACCUGCUCUCACGGCGCCCCCCGCAUGCGCUUCAUCCUGCCUUUGGCCCCCACGGUGCAGCCGGCCUCGCUGGUGCGCUUUGCCUCGUGGCGCCACAACGCACUCAUCGCCCGCCACACCUGGCUGCCCGCCCGCCUGCUGCCCCCCGCCCCCCCGGGCGCAGGGGGGGAUGCACGGCCCUCUCCGCCAGGGGGAGGGGAGGGGGUGGGGUGGGAGUAUCUGGGGAGACUGGUUUCUGGGGAGGAGGAGGGGGAGGGGGGAGACAGGGAAGGGAGUGAAGGGGAGGAGAGGUGGGAGGGAGGGGAGGGGGCGAGGGGGGAUGAGGGAGUGGAGGUGGAGGUGGAGGUGGAGGUGGAGGUGGAGGUGGAGGUGGAGGUGUGGAGGGCGUGUCCCUCGUAUGCUCUGCUCUCGCAGUGCUCGCUCGCCCUCACCACUGUGGGCACCAACACUGCUGAGCUGGCAGCUCUGGGAGUGCCCAUGGUGGUCGUCCUGCCCAGUCUCUCACUUGAGCUGUUCCAAGGGGGGGCAGGGGGCGUGUUGGGGUUGCUGCCAGCACUGCUGCCUGCGGGGCCAGCAGCAGCGCUCACUCGCUUCCUCAACGCCUCGCUGCUCCGCUCACUGCCCUUCCUCGCCUGGCCCAACCGGUACCCCCUCACCUCUUCCCUCACCUUUUCCCCUUCUUCUGCCCCUGCUUCGUGGGCGGGGCGGGAGGUGGUGCCGGAGGUGGUGGGGGAGGUGGGACCGGGGGAGGUGGCAGCUGUGGCAGCACGCCUGCUGGGGGACGCGGCUGCACUGGAGGCCAUGGGGAGGGCGCUCAGGCAGGUGGCGCGCGAGUAUGGGGGGGCCAAGGGGAGUGCCUCAGGGGAAGGCGAGGGGGAGGGUGGGGGGAGUGAUGGAGGGGGGAGUGGUGAGGGUGCAGCGGAUGCGAUCGCAGAUGAAGUGCUGAAGCUGCUUCUCAUGUAG